AUGUCUGCACUCGUCUUACAAAACAGCGCCUUGUGGCCUAUCUUUGAAGAUUCCACACUUUUUAUUCUUAGCGCAUUUUUCUUGAUUUAUGUCAUCAAAAACCAAUUCUCCAAUAAUCUUCCUGCACGUGAUGGAAGUACUACUGCAGAAAUCAAAAAGACCUUUAUUGAAAUGACCAAUGAGCUUUCUGCAUAUGAUACUAAAAUUGCCAAUGAAAUUACCUCAUGU